AUGGCGCAACGAGAACGUCGGUCCAAUGCAGGAAAUCGUAUGGCAAAACUACUCGAUGAGGAGGAAGAAGAUGAUUUCUAUAAAACAACUUACGGCGGCUUUACAGAAGCCCAUGAAGACAAUGAUUAUAUCCAAGAGAAAGAGGUUGAUGAUGAAGUGGAUUCUGAUUUUGAUAUUGAUGAGACUGACCAGCCGAUAUCUGACACGGAAACCGAAGAAAAAACUAAACAGAAAGUUAGCACUAAGGGUUAUAAGGAUCCAAAUAGAAAAAGAAAAGCAGAAAAGAGUAAAAAGGUAAUAGUGAAAAAGACAAAAGAGCCGAAACCAAAAGAGGAAUCAGAAAAAGUCGAGUCAAAUGAAAUAUCAGUAAUGGAUACAUCUAUUGAAAGAAAAUCUAUAAGACAAAGCACAGCCGUCAAAUCCCUUGAAACACAGCAGCGGAUUAAAAUAAGAUCGGAACUUAAAAAGAAAAAACCGAAGAAGGUUGAAGAAAGAGUUCUUACUCAGGAGGAGCUGCUUGAAGAAGCUCUUAUAACUGAAAAAGAGAAUUUAAAGAGUUUGGAGAGAUUUGAACAAAGUGAAUUAGAAAAGAAAAAAAUAAGACCAAUAAAGAAAACUAUAACCGGACCAGUAAUAAGGUACCAUUCUUUUGCUAUCCCAUUAAUAACAGAAGUGAUGCCAGAGGACAAAAUUAGUUUAAACACACCAACAACAGAACAACCAGAGUUGAAUUUAAGUGAUUUGAUAAAAAGUGAAGAUGGUUUAACACUAGAUGAUUCAAUUGAAAAUCAACAGCCAAUACAAACUGUCGAUGAAAAUGAUGAUCAAAAAGAUGAUAAAAAAGAAAUACAAAUUGUAGGACCAGAUGAGAGUUUUAAUAUUGAAGAUGAAACUAUGAAAGAGGAAAAGCCGCAAACAGCCCUUCUGCAAGCUCAUGAUGUGGUCGCUCGCGAGGUUUAUAGCAAGGAGUCGCUCCGUGCGUCUCCGCCGCCAGUCAAUGGCAGAGCUCAACAACCACCCGAAGAAGAAGAUGAUACUGAGCCAGAAUUUGAGAACGUGACUAGAGUGCGGAUCUUACAAUUACAGAAGAAUACCGAUGAACCAAUGGGCAUUACAUUAAAACUGGCUGAUGACGGACGUUGCAUCGUUGCUCGGAUUAUGCACGGUGGAAUGAUACACAGACAGGCGACUCUGCACGUGGGAGAUGAGAUCAAGGAAAUUAAUGGCACACCAGUGGCUAAUCAAUCCGUCGCCCAACUUCAAAGGAUGCUGCGUGAGGCACGUGGUUCAGUGACGUUCAAGAUCGUGCCAUCAUACCGAUCGGCUCCUCCGCCAUGCGAGAUAUUUGUUAGAGCGCAGUUUGACUACGAUCCCUUAGAGGAUGAACUAAUACCUUGCGCUCAAGCUGGUAUAGCGUUCAACACAGGAGAUAUACUGCAGAUAAUCAGCAAGGAUGACUCCCACUGGUGGCAAGCACGUAAAGACGCGUCAGGUGGAUCAGCGGGUCUCAUACCGAGUCCUGAACUGCAAGAGUGGCGAGCCGCUUGUGCUGCCGCAGAAAGAAGUAACACCGAUCAAGUGAAUUGUUCUAUAUUCGGAAGAAAAAAGAAACAGGCCAAAGACAAAUAUUUGGCGAAACACAACGCCGUGUUCGAUCAACUAGAUGUUGUAACAUACGAAGAAGUUGUUAAACUUCCUUCCUUCCAAAGGAAGACCAUAGUGUUGCUCGGAGCUCACGGAGUGGGUCGUCGUCAUAUCAAGAACACACUUAUCGCCCGGUAUCCAGAUCAGUACGCCUAUCCCAUACCACACACCACCAGACCCCCUCGAGCUGAUGAGGAAAACGGUAGACAUUACUACUUCGUUACUCACGACGAGAUGAUGGCUGAUAUAGCGGCUAACGAAUACCUCGAAUAUGGUACCCACGAGGAUGCGAUGUACGGAACCAAACUAGAGACGAUCCGGCGCAUACAUUCUGAGCGUCGCAUAGCCAUAUUGGAUGUGGAGCCACAAGCUCUUAAAAUACUACGAACAGCGGAGUUCGCGCCAUACGUUGUUUUCGUGGCCGCACCCUCACUGAACAAUGUCGCUGAUUACGACGGUUCGUUGGAGGUGCUCGCCCGCGAGUCUGAAACAUUACGCCGUACAUACGGCCAUUACUUCGACAUGUCGAUAGUCAACAAUGACAUUGACGACACACUCGGCCAGCUGGAGGCGGCACUAGCUAGGAUGCGUUCCACACCACAGUGGGUACCCGUCUCCUGGGUCUACUGA